UCCACCCCGCACCUGCAAACACAUACUCGCCCCGCUCCUCCACCUCGGACACCUUCCAUUCCAUCUGCACACGCAACCCCUGGUCUGGCCGGAUGAGUUACCACCCGGUGGACACGAUAGGGAGUCCAUUCAGAAGAAGUAUGGAUAGUAGGACCACCUACGGCCGCUCCACUGGCACCCCCUCCAGCGGGUUUCGUUCUCAGUCCUGGUCCCGGGCAAGCCCAGGCUCCACGAUGACCUCCUCCUACAAGAGGAGCGUCAAUAUGCCGGUAGCCAGAGCGUACAGCUCCACACUCCUCAGCUCCGCCGACAGCGUUGAUUUCAAUCAAACGAACGGAGACUACAAGCGCUCCAACGAGAAAGAGCAGCUCCAGGGGCUCAACGACCGCUUCGCCGGUUACAUCGACAAGGUGCACUACCUGGAGCAGCAGAACAGCCAGAUCGAAGAGGAGAUCCAGACGCUGCGGCAGAAGCAGGUGUCGCAAUCCCAGCUAGGCGAUUUAUACGACCAGGAACUCCAGGAGCUGCGCUCCAUGCUGGAGCACAUUCACCACGAUAAAGCGCAGAUCCAGCUCGACACGGACCACAUCGAGGAUGACAUCCAGAGAAUUAGGGACCGCUUCGAUGAGGAAGCCCGCAUCAGGGAUGAGACGGAAGGCAUCAUCCGGGCGUUGAAAAAAGAUAUGACCGACUCUGAUUUGGUGAAGUCAGAGUUUGAGAAGAAAGUCCAGUCACUGCAUGACGAGAUUGCCUUUAUCCGCAACAACCACGAAGAAGAGGUGAGCGACCUUUUUGCCCAGGUGCAGGCGUCGCAGGUGACCAUGGAGAGGAAAGACAUCCAGAAGACGGACAUCACCGAGGCGCUCCGGGAGAUCCGCACCCAGCUCGAGGGCCACUCCAACCAGAACCUGCAGCAGGUGGAGGACUGGUUCAUGUGCCGCUAUUCCAAGCUCACUGAUGCUGCGGCACAAAACAAAGAUGCAAUCAAGUCCGCCCGUGAUGAGAUAGCAGACUACCGUCGCCAGCUUCAGUCCAAGACCGUGGAGUUAGAGUCCGUCCGUGGAACCAGGGAGUCACUGGAGAGGCAGUUGAAUGACAUCGAGGACCGACACAACAACGACCUGUCCAGCCUGCAGGAGACCAUCCACCAGCUGGAUAAUGAACUCAAGGGCACGAAGUGGGAGAUGGCGCGUCAUCUGCGUGAGUACCAGGACCUGCUCAAUGUCAAGAUGGCCCUCGACAUUGAGAUUGCUGCAUACAGGAAACUCCUAGAAGGUGAAGAGACCCACUUUAGCACUUUCCCCUACUGCCACACCGUCACCUCCUCUAAGAAGUCCAAGUAUGAGCCUCCCAAACUGAAAGUCCAGCAUAAGUUUGUAGAGGAGAUCAUCGAGGAGACCAGGGUAGAGGAUGAGAAGGAUGAGAUGGACCAGGCCCUGGCUGAGAUGGCCCAGGAGUUUUCUGCCACUCUGGAGGCAGAGGCAACAGAUGAAGGAGAGGAUGAGGGAGAAGAGGGAGGAGAAGAAGCAGAGGGAGAAGGGGGAGAGGGUGAAUCAGAAGAGGUUGUAGCCUCCACUGAAGCCCAAGUUAGCUCCAGCAUGCCUGCUGAGGAGGAAGAGGAGGACAAAGAAGGCAAUGAUGAAGUGGAAGAGGGAGAAAAAGAAGAAGAGGGUGAGAAAGGAGAAGAGGGUGAGGGUGAGAAGGGAGAUGAUACAGAAGGUGGUGAUGAGGGAGAAGGAGAGGGGGAAUUCGAGGAGACAGUCCUGUGCUCUAAAGCCCCAGAAUCAAAGGCCUCUCCUGACAAAGAGAAGGCUGGAGAGGAUGGAAGCGGAGGAGAAGAGGAGACAGGAGAGGGAGAGGGAGAAGAGGAGGGUGAUGAUCAAGAUGAAGAUGCAGGUAGUGACAAAGGAUCCAAAGAUGGAGAUGAUAAGGAUGAGGAAGAUGAGAAGAAAGGAAAGGAUGAGAAAGAAGACAAAACAGAUGAGAAGGCAUCUGUAGCCAAGACAGAGGCUCCCAAAACAGAAGCCCCCAAGAGUGAGGCCCCAAAAGUUGAGGUCCAGAAAGCUGAGUCCCCAAAGCCCUCCAAGCCAGACUCCCUAAAAGUUGAAUCCCCAAAGGCUGGGUCCCCCAAGUCUGAGUCCCCAAAAGCUGGAUCCCCCAAACAUGAAUCUCCCAAAGCUGUAACUCCCAAAACUGAAUCUCCAAAACCUGGCUCCCCCAAAUCUGAAUCCCCAAAACCUGCUGGAUCCCCCAAAUCUGAAUCCCCAAAACCUUCUGGAUCCCCCAAAUCUGAAUCCCCAAAACCUUCUGGAUCCCCUCAAUCUGAGUCCCCAAAGCCCUCCAAGCCAGACUCCCUAAAAGUUGAAUCCCCAAAGGCUGUGUCCCCCAAGUGUGAGUCCCCAAAAGCUGUAACUCCCAAAUCUGAAUCUCCCAAAUCUGAAUCUCCAAAACCUGGCUCCCCCAAAUCUGAAUCCCCAAAACCUUCUGGAUCCCCCAAAUCUGAAUCCCCAAAACCUUCUGGAUCCCCUAAAUCUGAAUCCCCAAAACCUGCUGGAUCCCCUAAAUCUGAAUCCCCAAAACUUGCUGCAUCCCCUAAAUCUGAAUCCACAAAACCUGCUGGAUCCCCCACUUCUGAAUCCCCAAAACCUUCUGGAUCCCCUAAAUCUGAAUCCCAAAAACCUGCUGGAUCCCCAAAAUCUGAAUCCCCAAAACUUGCUGGAUCCCCUAAAUCUGAAUCCCCAAAACCUGCUGGAUCCCCUACUUCUGAAUCCCCCAAACCUGCUGGAUCCCCAAAAUCUGAAUCACCAAAACCUGCUGUCUCCCCCAAAUCAGAAUACCCAAAACUUACAGGAUCCCCUAAAUCUGAAUCCCCAAAACCUGCUGGAUCCCCCAAAUCUGAAUCCCCAAAACCUUCUGGAUCCCCCAAAUCUGAAUCCCCAAAACCUUCUGGAUCCCCUAAAUCUGAAUCCCCAAAACCUGCUGGAUCCCCUAAAUCUAAAUCCCCAAAACUUGCUGGAUCCCCUAAAUCUGAAUCCCCAAAGCGUGCUGGAUCCCCCACUUCUGAAUCCCCAAAACCUGCUGGAUCCCCUAAAUCUGCUGGAUCCCCCAAAUCUGAAUCCCCAAAACUUGCUGGAUCCCCCAAAUCUGAAUCCCCAAAACCUUCUGGAUCCCCUAAAUCUGAAUCCCCAAAGCGUGCUGGAUCCCCCACUUCUGAAUCCCCAAAACCUGCUGGAUCCCCUAAAUCUGCUGGAUCCCCCAAAUCUGAAUCCCCCAAACUUGCUGGAUCCCCUAAAUCUGAAUCCCCAAAACCUGCUGGAUCCCCUACUUCUGAAUCCCCCAAAUCUGCUGGAUCCCCUAAAUCUGAAUCCCCAAAACCUGCUGGAUCCCCAAAAUCUGAAUCCCCCAAACCUGCUGGAUCCCCUAAAUAUGAAUCCCCAAAACCUGCUGGAUCCCCUACUUCUCAAUCCCCCAAAUCUGCUGGAUCACCUAAAUCUGAAUCCCCAAAACCUGCUGGCUCCCCCAAAUCGGAAUCCCCUAAAAUAGGAUCCCCCGAGGCAGAGUCCCCUAAGGGUGAGGCCCCCAAACCAGAAGCUCCAAUGUCAGAGGCCCCCAAGGCUGCAGAAGAGAAAGUAGACAAAAAGAGUGAUUCAAAGGAAGAGAGGACGGUAGAAAAGAAAGACGCAGCCAUGAAAGGAGAUGUGGAGAAGAUUACCCCAGAGGACAAGGACAAGAAGGAUGAGGCUGGGAAAGAGGCAGAGGAGAAGGAUGUUAUCUCAAAUGGAGUGGACGAGAGCCCCACUAAAGAUGACCCGGACCAGAAAGAUGAUCCAAAGGACCAGAAGGUGGUCAUCACCAAAACGGUGGAGACCAUCACCACUGGAGAGGAUGGGGCCAAGCAUGUCACCAAAUCGGUCACUGUCACCGAGACUGUGAAGGAGUCUGAGGAUGUGAUGCAGGAGAAGACAGUCUCCAGCAAGAAGAUGGAGAAACACUCUUCCCAGUCCGUCAAGGUGGUAACUGAAACUGAGUAACUCCAUCCAACCCACUCAGGAGGAACAAAGAUGACAUGACAAAAAGCAAUCAACCCAGAACUAACAUAACAACGAAAUCAUAGAGCAAUAGCGAUGUAAUAAAGAGAACCACUCUCAAACAUACAGAAAAGCAAUGAGAGAAGCCAUAUGAAAGCAUUAAGAACCUUGAAGAAACUCUGAGCCUUAAACAUGCUUUUUAUCUGUAUCUAUUAUGUUUAUCUAAUGAGUGCAAUUGAAAAUAAAUAUGUAAAUGCGCACACAUACAUUCUUGUAUGCAUAGGAUGGACUUGAAUUUAAAUAGCGAAUUUAACUGAGGUGCUACAGUUUGCACUCCCAUUACUCAUCAUGAACUAUUUCCCAGCAGCAUUUGCUCAAUAAAUGUCAUACUGAAA